AUGUGUAGAAGUGGGCUUCGACAAAGAGUUAAGGAGUUGCUCAUGACCAUCCAACCUCGCUCAUUUUUACCAACUUCACCUUCACCACCAUUGCCCUUCGCCAAGAAGCCAUUGCUACUAGGCCUAGCCAACGCUGCUCCGUGUUCACCUGUCACCAUGAGCACCACCACCACCACCAAUCUCGACGAAAUAUUCAAGCAGAAACGGGUCCUUCGAUCCAAAGUCCGCAAGUCCCUCAAGUCUAUGGACCCUUCCCUCAGAUCCCAAGAAGAUGACGCAAUUCAGAGUCUUGUUUUGGAAGCUCCAUGGUUUAAAUCUAGUCAGAGGUUGUGUGCUUAUAUAACUUGUAGUGCUCUCCAUGAAGUCGAUACUUCAAAAUUGUUGUCUCAAAUUCUGCAAAAUCCAACCAAAGAUAGGUCAACGCAAAGUGCAAAAAAGCUUUAUGUUCCGCGUGUGGAGAACAAGAAUAGUCACAUGCGAAUGCUCAACAUUUCAAGUAUGGAUGAUUUAAUUGCAAACUCUAUGGAUAUUCUAGAACCAGCUCCGGUAGAUCAUCAUGGAAAUGCACGGGAAGAUGUCUUGCAGGCAAACGACCCAGUUGAUUUGUUCAUUGUGCCUGGACUUGCAUUUGACAAAUCUGGAAGACGCUUGGGCCGUGGUGGAGGUUAUUAUGACGCUUUCCUGAGGAAGUAUCAAGAGCUUGCAGAGGAGAGGAAUUGGAUGCGACCUCUCUUUGUUGCCCUUUCAUAUUCUCUGCAAAUCAUUGAUGAUGGAGUUAUACCAGUAACUUUGAAUGAUGUACCGGUGGAUGCUCUUGUGUCUCCAGCUGGUGUGAUUCCCAUUAGCCAAGCUGCUUUAAACAGAUUUGACGACUUCUGUGUUACAUACUUAGAAGCCCCCAUAUCUGUAAAUGGCUUCCCUUGUAAACCUGAGGCAGAAGUAACUUCAGAUGAUUUUUUCUUUGAUGGGUUAAGCGAAGAGGGAAACACAACAAACAUAUUUGGUUGCAGCAAAUGUCCUUUCUUUUCCAAGCCGCAAUACUCUUGGAAUUUCCAUGAACCGAGUAGACUUUGCUCCCAUCCUCGUGCAACAGAGACUGGUGUGGUCAUUGAAAGGAAGCUACUUGUAGGAUUUAUAUCAACUAGCAAUGUGUUUCGCUCCAAAGCAUUGGCUGCUGGGCAGAUGUUUGUUGUUCCUAGGGGUCUUGUUCACUUUCAGCUAAAUGUUGGAGAAGGGAAGGCCCUCCUUUUCACAGCUUUCAACAGUCACUUGCCUGGGUCUGCCAUCGUACCAACAACUCUCUUUGCUUCAACACCUUCAAUCCCCGAUGAUGUGUUAACCAAGGCCUUCCAAGUAGGAAAUGAUGUGAUCGAUAACAUAAAAUCAAUGUUGGGUCUUAAGAAUUAUCACUUUUAUAAGGUGAUACUUGCGCUUGCCUCUGCGCCUUUCCCAUAUCCUUCACAACUCAAAUCACCUGAUUGA